AUGGCAGUCCAUAUCCCAUUUAUCUCGCGCCUUCAUUUCUGCGAGUACUUCGCCCUUGUCCUCUCCUUUGCGUUGGUAGCGCUCGAGUCACUCAUAUCCGUCAUAACGCUCGCGCUUCCUACACCGAUCAUCAGCUUUUGUUACCGCAUCACCCGACGUCUGUUCAAUCAACUUUCCUCGCCUACGGCGCGUCGCAAUCGCGAGAGGAAAAAGGGAGUGUGGUCCGCCAUUGCGAAUGCUUCGGAUUUCACUGAGCUAUGCGAGCUAUAUGGAUACUAUGUCGAAGAGCAUAUUGUGCAGACAAAGGAUGGAUAUUUGCUGGGACUACACAGGCUCGCGUGGCGAAGAGGCGAGGAGGGCGUGAAAGUAAACACCGCCAAUGUGAAGACAGGCAUCAGGAAAAAGGUGGUGUAUCUCCAUCAUGGGCUCAUGAUGAAUAGCGAAGUCUGGGUAUGCCUUAGCGAAAGGGAUAGGUGCUUACCUUUUGCCCUGGUGGAAAGGGGUUACGAUGUCUGGCUCGGGAAUAACAGAGGGAACAAGUACUCCAAAAAGUGUGUUCAUGCUGCGCCUACGUCGACCGCAUUCUGGAACUUCAGCAUGGAUCAGUUCGCGUUCCACGACAUUCCGGACUCCAUCGAAUACAUUCUGAGCACCACGCAUCAGCCUUCCCUGUCAUACAUCGGAUUUUCUCAAGGAACAGCACAGGCAUUCGCGACCCUAUCGAUCCAUCCCAAUCUCAAUGACAAAAUUGACGUCUUCAUCGCCCUUGCUCCAGCCAUGUCUCCGAAAGGCCUUACGUCGGCGGUUGUUGAUGCUCUCGUAAAAGCUUCCCCCGAUGUGCUCUUCCUUGCCUUUGGCCGCCGGGCAAUUCUUGGAUCCGCUACAAUGUGGCAGUCGAUAUUGUAUCCGCCAAUCUUCGUCCGCUUGAUCGAUUCCUCACUCAGAUUCCUCUUCGGAUGGACUGGGAGGAAUAUAACCCCAGACCAGAAGCUUGCAGCCUAUCCGCAUCUGUACUCGUUCACGUCCACCAAGAGCGUUGUCCACUGGUUUCAGAUCAUUAGAAACGGGGUGUUUCAAAUGUAUGACGACGAGGCACCCAAUCCAAUCGUAUCGAACAGGUCGAAGUACUACAAGGUCGCGAAGUUCCCUACAAAGAAUAUCAGGACCCCGAUUGUCCUUGUCUACGGCGGUUCAGACAGCCUCGUCGAUAUCAAAGUCAUGCUGGCAGAGCUGCCCAGGCAUACAAUUGCAAAAGAGAUCGCACAUUACGAGCAUCUGGAUUUCCUCUGGGCUUCAUCGAUUGAUGAGCUUGUCUUCCCACAUGUGUUUGAUGCACUUGAUGAAUAUGCUGAUCCUGGGCGUGACCUCGAGUCACGGAAAGAAACGCAUUUCAAAACGCCGGUUCGUCAUCUCGCUCGUCUGCCAGACUCUGGCGCUCUUCCUGGCCCUAGGGACGGGGACGAUGCCGGGGACGAAAGCUCGUCCGCUCCCACCUGUUUUUAG